UGGUGACAGCAGCAGUAGCCACUGUGGUCUUUGUAUUAUGAUUGAAAAAAAGCUAUUAAUUAACCAGUUUUCAGUGAUUAUAUAAAACGAACAAACCGGCAUUUAGCUUCGUUCCAUAGUUCAGAAUCAGGUUGAAAUAAUGUCAAGGUCUCGGAGGUCGACGUUGUUCGCAUAUAUCAGUUAUGGUGAAUAAAAAUAGUUACCCAUCCUCGCGAGCACGCGAAGUAUCCACGAUGCUAUCGCCUGUAAUCUUAGCCGUAAUCAAACUUAAACUACGAUAUUGAACCCCAAAAAAGGCAACCAGGAGAGCGACCAAAAUUCUGGACAGUCAUAAAAUCAUCAAUUGAAACACAUAUACCAGACAAGACCUCGACUAUAAAUGACAUCCAGGUUAACCUGGCACUCCUAAUAUGUUUAUCGUUCAUGAGACAGAAUUAUACUUUUAAUUUUAAUACCAGCAAUAUGCCUAGUGACAGCCAGGAUACUCAACUCCUGGAUUAAAUUGACUAGAAUCGCAAUAACCACAUCCAACGAUAAACAAGUAACCAAAAGUGACAAUGAAUUCUAAGGAAGACAACAAUGGACAAAAUCACAGGACAGACAACAGAGAUACCAGGGUUGAAGGACCAAAACAACAGGAGACGAAUGACAAUAGAUCUACCCAAAGAACUGAGGGAAAUCCGAGGCAGGUUGCCAAGAUUCAAAAUAUACUUGCCACAGAGCAAUUUAAACUCAACAACAACAUUGGCGAAGAAAAUGGAGAUGAGAAUAUUCCUCUAAUGUCUUCAAAUGGCCCUCAAAACUCACAAGAAAAUUGUUCUGUGGUAACUGCAGGACAAGAGGUUCUGGAUGCUUCAUACUCAGAGAUGCUUUCUACUAACAUGCACUCGAUGAAUACAAAUAUACCUGGAAAUUAUGUUCUGGUUUAUGCCAAGACAUCGUCAUGUACAGUCCCAAACUUUUCUACAACAAUAAGUGAGAAUGGGUCAAAGGAAGAUACGGACAUGAGGAACAAUGUAGACUAUGGAUCUGGAAUUGAAAAAUGUCCACCAAAAGUUGCAUGUGGCACUGAUUCAACCUCUGAAAGUAUUCCUAUAUGGAGUUCAAGCUCUUUUGUGCCCAACAGAGGCAUGAACAAUAUUGGUAGCAGUAUUGGAUCUACUAGUCAAGGAACCUGUUGUUUCUUGAGACCCAAUAUCAAUGGUAGUAGAGAAGUUGCAGGACCUAGUGGACUUCAAAGGGUAUCACAACGAGAUGGAGAGCGGAGGGAUUCCAGUUCCGGUAAUGAAGGAGAUAUGUCAGAUGGCGAAGACUGUUGUUUUUACACUUACAAAGGGACAGAUGACCCACGUCUCGAGUUGCGGGAUAGACACGUCGAAGGAGGGCAACAGAAGGAGCAAGAAGAGGAACCACGGCACCCCAGUGGUAGCUCGAGUCCUGAGAUGGACUUCUUAGAGAUGGAUUUUGACCCAGGCCCCUCGUGCGAGCAGGACACAGGAGACAGUGACAUGGCAUCAAUAAAUGAAGAUAUACAGAACAUUGCACUGGAUUGCAUAGACCCUGAUCCUGUACCCCUCAAUGAUCUUAGCAGCGGCAGAGUCGCAUCCAGGUUAGAGAAUCCUGCUCAGGAUAAUCAAAACCCUGACAUGAUUAGUCAACCGCAAAAGCAGUUGGUAAAUAGGCCAGAAUCUACUUUUAAUCAGAUCCCAAAUCAGCCCGGCUCUUCACAUUGGAUGCCGGGCACCAGCGGCUGUAGUAGCAGUAGCAGUGGCAUGGAUAAAUGGGAGGCGACGGGUCUGCAUCAUCGUACGACGUUGUGUCCUCUGCAGGAAUCUUAUGGACAUCAUAAUACGAAUGGCGAUUUAAUAUCCCCGGGUGAUAGCCGAGACUCAGAGUCUGAAUUGUGGGCUCAAGAUGCGUGUCCAGGGGCCGGUUCGGUACCAGAAAGUUCGAACCUGGAUUCUAGAAAAGUAAAUCUCAGUUCUACACUUUACCACCGCAUGAUGGCUAAGAAACUAAUGCUCAACAAACAAACUGCUUUUAAUCAGAGUGGUGAUUCAAAUCUCGAAAGUGAACUCUGCAAUGACAGGACUCAGGACCUACUUCCAAUUGAGAAGGUCAUGCUUUGGAGUGAACAGGAAGCCACGGUUAAACAAGUUACUCAAAUCGCAACAUCUGCCUGCGGAGCUACUGCAGCUAUUAACGCUCUGCUUGCUUUGGACGUCGCCUUUUCUUUGGAGGUUUUGGUCCGUGGUGUUGCUACUAGACUAAGAGAACCUGGUACGCCACUCCCUAGGUAUCUUAUGAGCAGAUCAAUGGCAGGAGCUACUCACAAGGAUCUUGCAAGAGGAAUGUCUCUUGCAACAAGUGGCGCAGUGGUCACCAAAUUUUUUGGCUUCUACCCAGAAAGGAAAAUUUCCCUGUCUCACUGGCUACAGUACUGGAUAUCUAGGGGGGCAGUUCCAAUAGCGACUUUGAACCUUCAACACUGCGGAGAAGGUGCAAAUAUUCCAGAUGCAUGGCAUCACCAGAUGAUAUUUGGCGUUGGACCAGCAGGGAUAUAUUUAUCAAAUCCUUUGCAGUGUUUGCCUGAACAGGUUGUCUGGCACCAGCUCGUAAGUCCAAGUAUUCUCCUCAUCAGAAGACAAGAUGUCUUAGCUAACUGGAGUACGAACACAGAUCUCAGACCACUGACAUUUCUGGAUCAACGAUGGCGUAAAUUGAAUGUUCUCGGACAAGUUGUAAACCUGGUACGAGAGACGAUGGGCCAAAGAAGACAGAGUUCUGGGAUCACAACAAGCGUAACACACAUCCGGAUACCAGCGUCUUACCGAGCAGGUAUAACCUUUGUUAUGCGUUCUGACGCACCGGCGGCAGCAGAAUUACUGAGAACGGAACAGCUGCCCCUUCUCUAGUCUCGAUAAUCAAAAAUAAUCGUUAUUAAACACUAUUAGAAACUUGUUCACUUCAUCAGUUUUUCCUUUUUCUUUGUCUUGUUUUGUUUUUUUUUCUUUUAAAGUUCAAAAAAUAUUAUGACUAUAUUUUAUUUUAUUUUUUUUCUGACAUCGUCUAUUUCUGGCGAAUGAAUACUUUGAUAACUACUUUGAAAAACCAAGAUUAGAUGUUUAUUUUUCCAUAUUAGUUAUUCGAAAUCUUUGCCAUGAUCAUUUGAUGGGGAUGAACGAAUUGAAGCUUAGCAAUUUCAUAUAUCCUCUUUUUUUCGCUAACUUUGAAGGCUUUCAAAAUUAUCGGGUAAUAAGUUAAUAAAGUAAUAAAUGUUCGUAAGAACACGCGAUUAAUCAAUCAAGCAUUGUGUGAAUAGAGAAACUAAAAAUACAUAACGCAGCUUUCUUAAAAAAAAAAAAAAGCAAAGAAAAAUCAAACAAUGAUUUGAACUUACCUGCGCUCAACAAAAUAUUUGAACAUGAGAAUCCUAAGCUAUCGAAAAUAUAUUUCAUCACAAUCAACCGAGCUAAACUAGCUAACAGAUUGAUGGUAGCCGUGCAUUAACUGAAAAAUGUGUUAUUAUUUACUAUACCUAUAAUUACCACCAAAGUAACGUUGAUUCGGUGCAUUGGUCCGAUUUAAUGAUCGCUAGACUGUUGUGCCUUGCAUUAUAUAAUACAGGACAGUUACUAAUUAAUUGAUUAUUAAAUUAAUUAAUUAACCAACUCUUCAUGAUUGCUGUUUGGAUAAUUUCGCACAUUGUAAUUAACUACUCAUAAAAAACGAAAGAGAGAUAUGAAAAAAACAGCUUUUAUCGAUUGAACAUAAAGAAAAAGAAAAGGAAACCGAAUGGUAUAACGAAUAUA